AUGCGUCUGCUUCUGAACUGGAGCCCAAACCAGAAGGUUCCUGAUGUCAUCAGCAGCAUAAGACAAGUCUCCAAAGCAGCACUGAAAGAAGAUGCAAAACCAAAUAAGGAUAGUGAAGAUGCCUUCUAUGACUCUCAAAAAUUUGAGGUCUUGUACUGUGGAAAGGUGACAGUGGCUCACAAGAAAGCUCCCUCCACACUAAUUGAUGAUUGCAUUGAGAAAUUCAGCCUUCAUGAGCGCCAGCGCCUGAAACUGUUAAAUGAGCAGCGCAAUAACGAGUCGAGUUUGGACUUACCCCUGUGUGAAGGAAAUGUGCCGGCUUCUCCAUUGGAUAGUCCAUUUGAGGAGCUGGACAGCCCAAAUAACACCACAGGGCAUGCUGCAAUGUUUACAAUCGGCAGCCAGACCAACUUGACCAACCUGGCCAGCACCCGUGGCUCAUUUCCAGAGCGAAUUUUAGAGGACUCUGGGUUUGACGAGCAGCAAGAGUUUCGCACACGCUGCAGCAGUGUCACUGCAGUUAUGCAAAGAAAGGUUCAUGACACAAACCUGAAAAUACAGCCACGCAGAAGACAUGCAAGUGCACCCAGUCAUGUUCAGCCCUCUGAUUCUGAGAAGAACAGGACAAUGUUGUUCCAGGUUGGAAGGUUUGAAGUUAACCUCAUCAGUCCGGACACUAAAUCUGUUGUGCUUGAAAAGAAUUUUAAAGAUAUCUCCUCAUGUUCUCAGGGUAUAAAACACGUUGAUCACUUUGGCUUCAUUUGCCGGGAAUCUGUUGAACCUGGGUUAAGCCAGUAUGUUUGCUAUGUGUUCCAGUGUGCAAAUGAGUCUCUGGUUGAUGAGGUAAUGCUUACCCUAAAGCAAGCCUUUAGCACUGCUGCAGCUCUGCAAAAUGCCAAGACGCAGAUUAAGCUGUGUGAGGCCUGCCCUAUGCAUUCAUUGCACAAACUUUGUGAAAGAAUUGAAGGACUCUAUCCACCAAGAGCCAAACUUGUAAUUCAGAGACAUCUGUCGUCACUAACUGACAAUGAGCAAGCAGACAUUUUUGAACGUGUUCAGAAAAUGAAGCCUGACAAUGACCAGGAAGAAAAUGAACUUGUAAUCUUACAUCUACGCCAACUCUGUGAAACUAAGCAGAAAACACACGUUCACAUUGGUGAAGCACCAUCGACAAUUUCUAACAGUGCGAUUCCAGAAAGCACCACCAGUGGUGGCAGGUUUAAACUUGACAUUCUGAAAAACAAGGCCAAGAAAUCCUUGACCAGCUCUCUGGAAAAUAUCUUCUCAAGGGGAGCCAACAGAAUGCGAGGCCGCCUGGGAAGCGUGGACAGCUUUGAGCGCUGCAACAGCCUUGCUUCUGACAAAGACGCUUCGCCGGGCGAUUCCCCGCCAGCUACUCCUCCGGCGUCCCCCGUGUCCUCGGCCUGGCAGCCAUUUCCCGAGGAAGAUUUGGACUCCCCCCAGUUCAGGAGGCGCGCACACACCUUCAGCCACCCCCCCUCCAGCACCAGGAGGAGGAUAACCUUCCAGAACGGGAGGUCCCAGAGCGUCCGGUCCCCGCUGCUGCGGCAGAGCUGUGUGGAGACGACAAGCCCUGUUGUAGGGGUUCGGCAUGCUCUCAGUGAGAGUGAAUCGGCAUCACCCGGCCUCCCCUCCUCUGUCUCUGCCCCCUCUUUCCUGAAAAGCUUUUACCAGGGCUCAGGAAGGUUCCUCCAGCACUCAGAAAGUGACCUCUCCAAGAGUGAUGGGGAGGGGAAGAAAAGAACAUCAACCGUCUGCAGCAGUGAAUCUCUAAAUGCUGCGGGGGCCACACUCACACCUCGCCGCAUCUCCUGGCGGCGGAGAAUAUUCCUGCAGGUAGCUUCACCUAUGAAUAAAUCUCCUUCCAAGAUGCAGCAUCCAGAUGGUCAUGAUGGAAGUGAAUUGUUACCGUUAUCCCCUCUUGCUCCACCCUUGGAGGAGGACCCUCUUGUUCUAGUAUUGCAAAAUGAGGAUGGUCCAGAUAAAACUGGAGAGAGGAAGAACUCAGAAGAACUACAAAGUCUGUGGAGAAAAGCCAUCCAUCAACAAAUCCUGUUACUUCGAAUGGAAAAAGAAAACCAGAAACUGGAAGAAGCAAGCAGAGAUGAGCUCCAAUCAAGAAAAGUAAAACUGGACUAUGAUGAAGUUGGUACAUGUCAGAAAGAUGUCAUAAAUGUUUGGGAUAAGAAGUUACUAAACUGCAGAGCCAAAAUCCGAUGUGACAUGGAAGACAUUCAUUCCACUUUGAAAGAAGGUGUACCAAAAAGUCGUCGGGGAGAAAUUUGGCAGUUCUUGGCUGUGCAACAUCGAGUCAGACACAGACUGCCAAACAAGCAGCAGCCACCUGAUGUCUCUUACAAAGAACUUCUGAAACAACUGACUGCUCAACAGCAUGCCAUCCUUGUAGAUCUAGGACGGACAUUCCCAACACAUCCUUACUUUUCUGCCCACCUGGGAGCAGGACAGCUAUCACUCUUUAAUCUCCUGAAAGCAUACUCUUUGCUGGACAAAGAAGUGGGUUAUUGUCAAGGUAUAAGCUUUGUAGCUGGAGUGCUGCUUCUACAUAUGAGUGAGGAACAGGCCUUUGAAAUGCUGAAAUUCCUUAUGUAUGACCUUGGCUUCCGUAAACAGUACAGGCCAGACAUGAUGUCACUACAGAUUCAGAUGUAUCAGCUCUCAAGACUUCUUCAUGAUUAUCACAGAGACCUGUAUAAUCAUCUUGAAGAAAAUGAAAUCAGUCCCAGUCUUUAUGCUGCACCAUGGUUUCUUACACUAUUCGCAUCUCAGUUUCCAUUAGGAUUUGUAGCCAGAGUAUUUGACAUUAUUUUUCUUCAAGGAACGGAAGUCAUAUUUAAAGUAGCACUGAGCUUACUUAGCAGUCAAGAAACAUCUAUAAUGGGAUGUGAGAGUUUUGAGAACAUUGUUGAUUUUCUUAAAACCACUAUUCCAGAUAUGACUCAGCCUCAAAUGGAGAAAAUUAUUACCCAGGUAUUUGAGAUGGAUAUUUCAAAACAGCUGCAUGCCUAUGAAGUAGAGUACCAUGUUCUGCAGGAUGAACUGCAGGAAAAUGUGAAUCCCUGUGAUGAAGGUGAACCCCUGGAAAAGCUGGAGAGGGCAAACAGUCAUCUAAAGAGGCAAAACAUGGAUUUGUUGGAGAAGCUACAGGUUGCUCAUGCUAAAAUUCAGAGUCUGGAAUCCAGCAUGGAGACUAUUUUGACUCGAGAGAACAAAAUGAAGACUGUAAUUCAGUCCCUGGAACAGGAGAAGAUAACAUAUCAAAAGACUCUUGAGCAGAUAAUGAAGUAUUUGCCAGCAGAAGCAUUGUCUGACUGUGAACUGCUCCUGAAGGAAGUAAACUACAAUCCAAAUAAUAAAGUUAAAUAAGGAGUAAGCCAUAAACCAGGGUUUUCUAGGCAGCGUUUCUUCAAAAAAAAAAAAAAAAGGGAAAGAAAAGAUGAUUAUGCUGCUUUCAAAAGACUUAGCAAUAGGCAACGGUAU